AUGUCCGCACAUCCCGAACAGCCAUUCCAAACCCAUGGCUUUCAAACCUCUCUGGAUGUCGCUCGUCAGCAGGCCUAUUCUGUAGCUUCUGUGGCGGGACACAAGCGACUUCCGGAUCGCUCACCGGAAAAUUCUCUCAAAGUAUCAAAUGCCAAACAUUCUGCUCAAUCCACGUAUCUAGUGGAUUUCACCCGUCCUGUGGUGAACCCCCCUAACAGCUGUCUGACUGCUAGUGAGAUCCGUCCUGUAGAGGCUGUCACGUCGACGACCGACGACGAGCAACAAAGAGCUGAAUUUUUCAAUCAAACAUCAGUCAAAGAUCCAACUCUAUACCUGAGCAAUCCGAGAUAUGGACUAUCAAAAAAGUUAGUAGCCAACUUUGCGGCUGUCGGUGUUAACAACAUAUAUCCGUGGCAGGCAUCAUGCCUGCUUGCUCCAGGCCUCCUCGAGGGGAAGCGACAUCUGAUAUAUACAGCUCCAACAGGUGGAGGUAAAUCCCUCAUAGCUGACGUCUUGAUGCUGAAACGCAUCAUGGAUGACCCCACGCGCAAAGCGAUCCUCGUUCUUCCCUAUGUUGCUUUGGUUCAGGAGAAGUUGAAGUGGCUCCGACGUAUUGUGCAGGGUCUUGAAAAACAUGUCCAUGAUGAUGACGACGACGACGAGAAAACGGAUCUUGCAAAACCUUACCAUCAACACUGGAAAAAACUGCAGAAGUCGAUCCGUGUUAGUUGCUUCUUUGGUGGAAGUAGAACCGCCGCCUCUUGGGCUGAUAUGGACAUUGCUGUUUGCACCAUUGAGAAGGCCAAUUCAAUGAUAAACACUGCCAUCGAAGAGCGUAUAAUAGGGGACUUAGGGGUGGUUGUUCUCGAUGAGCUGCACAUGCUUGACGAUGAACAUCGCGGCUACCUCAUGGAAUUGAUGGUCACGAAGCUACUUUUGCUGCAGCAGAAUAUCCAAAUUAUUGUGCUGGCCGAGUGGAUGGAUGCAAGGUACUAUAUUUCGACCUACCGACCUAUCCCAAUAGAUGACUAUCUAGUCUACGAGAAUGCAAUAUACCCUGCUACAUCCAUACAGCUGUUCCGGACAAUGGCUAAAUUAACCUCUACGGCAAUGAGUUCUUUUGCGGAUGCUAUGCCUCCACAUCGUGUUGUUCAGCCUUCGACUUUUCGCCAACUUUCGAGCCCAACAACGAAUGCAAUGGUUGCCCUUUCUGUUGAGAUAGCUGUGGCAGGAUAUGGUGCAUUGGUAUUUUGUGGUAGUCGACAAGCGUGCCAAUUCCAUGCGGCCAUCAUAAGUGAAGCAAUGCCGGUGCCCUCCGCAGUAGAUCCAGAGGAGCUGAGUAAACGACUGGAUUUACUUGCCGAAUUACGAAGCCUUCCUAGUGGUCUCGACCCUGCCCUAGAGACUACUCUCAUUAGGGGAGUGGGCUUUCACCAUGCAGGAAUGACUGCAGAAGAGCGUGAGUUGAUUGCGCAGGCUUACGACCAAGGGGCUUUGAGUGUACUGGUAGCCACCUGCAGUCUUGCUGCGGGUGUCAACCUCCCUGCGAGGAGAGUUAUCAUAAAUGGGGCACGUAUGGGACGGGAACUGAUCGGCCCAGUAAUGCUGCGACAAAUGUGUGGAAGGGCUGGUCGGAAAGGAAAGGACGAGGCAGGCGAAACUUAUCUUAUCUGUAGCAAGCCUGAUUUAGAAGCCAUCUGCGACUUGUUGGAAGCUGAUAUGCCUGCUAUUGAAAGCUGUCUUGCUCCAGAGAAGAGAGGUCUCAAAAGAGCGCUUUUGGAAGCUAUAGCAACAGGCCUCGUCUCUGGGUACGAAGCAAUCAAGGAGUAUGUCAGGUACACUCUCCUUUAUCGGAUGGUGAACAAAGGUUUAGCUUACAGUAUCAUGCACUCGGCGCUUCGAGAACUAAUCGACGAGAAGUUUCUUCUCGAAAGGGAUGACGAAGCGUAUGAAGCGACACAACUUGGACAAGCUGUGGUGGCUUCUGCAUUUUCGCCUGAGGACGGACUUUUCGUCUAUGAGGAACUGCGACGAGCGUCGCAAGCAUUUGUUAUGGAUGGUGAUAUGCAUAUCUUUUACAUGUUUACUCCACUCCAAGUGGCGAUAACUACGCAGAUAGACUGGCCCAUCUUUCGGGAUCAGCUGGAUGGCCUUGAUGACAGUGGUCUGCGCGCUCUGCAAUUUGUUGGCGUACAACCUGGCUUUGUAAACUCCAUGGUACAAAGCGGCGCAUCUCUGAAAGAGAACACCCCAGAUCAGGUCAAACUAUCCAGGAUCUAUCGCCGUGCCUAUACUGCGUUUCAACUUCGAGAUUUGAGCAACGAGGUACCCUUGUCAAAAAUCGCAAGUCGGUACCGAAUCCCGCGUGGAGCGGUUCAAACAUUAGCCCAGCAAUGUCAUGGCUUUGCGGCUGGCAUGGUCAAAUUCUGUCAGCGGAUGAGCUGGGGCAUGCUUGCUGCAGUCCUAGAGCAUAUGCGAGAUCGUUUAGAGGCCGGUGCUCGUGCUGAUUUACUGGAAAUGGCUCAGGUGACCUAUGUCAAAGGCUGUACGGCAAGAUUGCUUCGAGAUAACGGAUUCCGGAACUUGCGAGCCCUCGCUGAAGCAGAAGCGAAAGAUCUUGUCCCUGUUUUAAUGAUGGCACAGAAGAGCCAUUUGCAUCCUCUUGAAGCUGAGCGUUAUUCCAAAAAACUUCUCGCCAAAGCAGAGGUUAUUGUGGCCUCGGCAAAUAAGAUCUGGGAACGCGAAAUGCAGGUCGAACUAGAAGAGUGA